UUUAGUUUUGAACAGUUCUUCGCCGCGACUACACGCGACAUUCGGAUUCUGAUGGCAAAGAACCAAAGUAUAUUCUUUCUGCUGUUGGCAGUUGUGCUGUGUGAAGUGAAUGCACUGCCCGUGACUGUGCAUUACAAGGACAAAGGAUAUGCGUCGGUGUCCGUUGAACCGAGAGAUAUUCUUGAACGAAAAUUAUCGAAUUCAUUCGCGUUAAAUCUCAAAGACUGCAUACAUAAUUUGGAUAUUGAUUCUCGCAUACCUGCAAUAGUAUGCAGAAGCAAUUCUUUCGACACUAUUCAACUUCAGAGUGGUGAACAUCAAGAUGUCCGACGAAACGGUUUGGAUACAGACGAACCAGAGCCUACUACAACCGAGGAUCCAGAGCAGACCACGACAGAGGAUCCAGAGCUUACUACAACCGAGGAUCCAGAGCUCACUACAACCGAGGAUCCAGAGCUCACUACAACCGAGGAUCCAGAGCUGACCACGACAGAGGAUCCAGAGCUGACUACAACCGAGGACCCAGAGCUCACUACAACCGAAGAUCCAGAGCUGACUACAACCGAGGAUCCAGAGCUGACCACAACAGAGGAUCCAGAGCUUACUACAACCGAGGAUCCAGAGCUCACUACAACCGAGGAUCCAGAGCUCACUACAACCGAGGACCCAGAGCUCACUACAACCGAGGAUCCAGAGCAGACCACGACAGAGGAUCCAGAGCUGACUACAACCGAGGACCCAGAGCUCACUACAACCGAGGACCCAGAGCUCACUACAACCGAAGAUCCAGAGCUUACUACAACUGAGGAUCCAGAGCUCACUACAACCGAAGAUCCAGAGCUCACUACAACCGAGGAUCCAGAGCUCACUACAACCGAGGAUCCAGAGCAGACCACAACAGAGGAUCCAGAGCUUACUACAACCGAGGAUCCAGAGCUCACAACAACUGAGGAUCCAGAGCUCACUACAACCGAGGAUCCAGAGCAAACCACGACAGAGGAUCCAGAGCUCACUACAACCGAGGAUCCAGAGCUGACCACGACAGAGGAUCCAGAGCUCACUACAACUGAGGAUCCAGAGCUUACUACAACCGGGGAUCCAGAGCAAACCACGACAGAGGAUCCAGAAGUCAGUUCCGGUGGAACACCGCCCCCGGUAACAACCAUAGAUCCUGAAUCGACUACGAGAGGUUUAGGAAAUUCACUUGGAGGAUCAUGGACUUUAAUAUUCCUGAUAGUCAGUACUUUUGUGAUUGUGAACAUCUCGUGAUGAGACAACCCUAUCAAGAAAGACUAAAACAGUUCACCUUUACGAUCAAUUUGAUCCCCCCGCUGCGUUGCUCGGUCAACCGAUUUAUCUAUCACUCCUCAUCCUAGACCACAACAAAAUCCCAAAAAUGACCUCUCUCUCUUUCUCUCUCUCCGUGACACAAAUGUAAGCGAGCGAAUGAGUCCGUGUGAAGGAAUGAAGGAUAACGAAUGUCAUAUUAAG